AUGGCUUACCAGUUCAGCAGGAAGGGGUGUUUCAAAUGUGGAAACCUCGGUCACAUCGCCGAGAACUGCCCUUCCGAGCAGCGCCUCUGCUACAACUGCCGUCAGCCUGGACAUGAGUCAUCUGCUUGUCCUUCUCCCCGCUCAGUGGCACAAAAGCAGUGCUACUCGUGCGGGGGUGUUGGUCACAUCCAAGCAGAGUGCCCUAGCCUUCGAGUGCAAGCUUCGAACCAGAAAUGCUACACUUGUGGUCGUCCUGGGCAUUUUGCGCGCAACUGCCCCAAUGCAGCUGCUGGCAAUGGUUUUGCCUCACGUAUUCCUCCGCCUGGACGGGGUUUGAACACCUCCACUAUCCCGCCGGUCAAGUGCUACCGAUGCGGAGGUCCCAACCACAUGGCUAGGGACUGUUUAGCUGCACCCGGCACCACUGUCGAUUCCACUGCUGCUACUGCCAGUGGAAAUCCAAACAAGAACAAAACGUGCUACAAGUGUCAGCAGGAAGGACAUAUUGCGAGAGAUUGUCCUGAGAAUGCCGAAUACGCGACUUAA